AUGUGGGCCGACGCUGGAAGGUGGGCCAAGGUAGCCCUAAUCCUAGACUUCAUUUUACCUGCCCUGGGAGACGCCACCGAAUCGGAUUUUCUGCGUCUCUACGACAAAUUGUUGGGAAAUUACACGCCUCACAUGCGCCCCCUAGAGAACCAGACUUCAGCCUUGACCGUGACCCUGCAGUUUGACCUUAUCUCUGUGUCCGAACUCAAUGACGCCAAGCAGCGGGUAUCGGCCCUGGUGCUGGUCAGUGUCCAGUGGUAUGACAAGAACCUGAUAUGGGAACCGAGCGAAUACGGCAGCAUCGACCGAAUGUACCUGAACGGCAAUCAAAUCUGGGCUCCGAAAGUCUACAUCCAGGAGUCAGCCACCAUGGAUCCCAAGCUGUUCAGCCUGCCCACCACUCAUCUAGCCCUGCCCACUGGAAAUGUCACUUUCGCUUCCACGGGAAUCAUUGAGGCGGCCUGCCGGCUCAACGUCGUCUACUUCCCCUACGACUACCAGUCCUGCAGUUUUGUCUUUGGCGUACUCGACUCCUCCAGGCAGGACGUCCUUCUCGAGGCAGACUCGAGGGGGCCUCAGAAAUCUCCGAGCUAUGUCGAAGAUGGAGAAUGGCAAAUUCUCGCAUUUGAAACGGCCUUGAAAUACAGUGGGAUCAAGGACUAUGAAACGCAGACGCUGAAAGUGACGUUUACCCUACAGCGACGAUCCACCUACUACGUUCUCAAUGUGAUUGUUCCUGCCAUGUCGGUGUCCCUCCUGAGCCUUCUCACGUUUGCCAUUCCCGUGGACAGCGGGGAGCGUCUACUGUUUUGUCUGUCCAUCCUCCUAUCUAUGUCUGUAUAUUUGACCUACAUCGGUUGCAUAAUGCCAUCUUCAUCUAUCGAAAUGCCAAUCAUCCUUCGGUACCUGGUCUGUCUGUUCCUCAUCAGUUCCCUCUGCGUGAUCAUCACGGUUGCUGUCAUCAUUGUACGAUGGAGCAAAGUUGCUGUCGUCAACGACCAACAAAAACGCAUCUUUAUCUUAGGGAUUCCAAUAACGUUCAGACGCAGGCGAUCAUUGUUUGGUGUACUGCAUCGAUGUCCCAAAAAAACACAACAAAGCGGCCACAGUCAUAACUGUAAUGAGAUCCUCAGUGUGUGCUCCUGUCAGCUUCAGAACUUUCCCGAAUCGUUUUCCCCAAACACGAGUGAGUGUCCAUCUUCAGUAGAAGAUCUUGGCAAUGCCAGCUCGACAUUUUCCAGGCUACACAAAAGUGACCUCAGGCGAUCAGUGGCUGAAAAGAUGAAGUGCUUGAGGAAAUCUUUCAAGAGAAACAGCAAGGCUAAGACCAAGCUGAGCCUAGAGGCGGAUAUUGUUGGGCGAGAUCUGGACGUGACCUACAUCUGCUCACGCCUGGACCUGGGUAGUUUCCUGGUGAUUUUGUUCUUUUAUCUGGUCACUACUGUCCACACGUUUGUCCAGUUGAACAGAGGCAUGCAUAGAUAG